UGACAAACGUCAUUAUAUAGUUUUUCGACUUAACCUAACUUUACAGGAAUCAGCAAUAACAACAUAGGAGGUACAACAUUAUUUUUAUGUGAUUACUAGCUUCGUCGUAAUAUUUUACUACGCUCAUUCAACUUAUGAUAGAUCAGGAGAGUAUUGUCAAAUAGUGCUCCAAAUAGAAAAUUGCACUUCAUCAUAGACGAGGAAUCUUUGUUCGCAACUAUUUAUAUAUUGAAGAAUCUUGAGAGAAGUUUCAUCAUACGAAGUGUAAUUGAUAAAAUAACAGACAUCUUAAUCAAUGUUUAAAGCGGCAGCAUUGAUAAGGAAAAACAUAGGAUGUAUGCAUCUGCCCUCAGUCAGCUAUAGGAACACUUUUAUUUCUUUACAAAAUAUGAGUACUGUAAUACAAAAUAAUCCAAUAGAACUUUCAAUUAGGAAGAAGUUAACAGAUUCUUUAAAUCCAUCUUAUGUUGAAAUAAUUAAUGAAUCUUAUAUGCAUAAUGUUCCUAAAGGAUCUGAAACACAUUUCAAAGUAAUUGUUGUGUCUGAUGUGUUCAAAGAUAAACCACUUCUCAAGCGCCAUCAAAUAAUAAAUAAGUUAUUGGAAGCAGAGUUAGAAGGUGGGGUGCAUGCAUUAUCAAUAGUAGCAAAAACAGCUGAGCAAUGGGAAGACAACAGUAAAAUAACUCCAAGUCCAGCUUGUAGGGGUGGUUUCGGAAAAUAAUUGCUUAAACUCUAAUAGUGAAAUUAUGUUCAUGCUCAAAUAAUGUGUAACACUCUAAAUUAAAUAUAUUCUUCAAUAUCAAAUUGACGAAUUCAAAUUAAUGUGUAUUGUAAAAGAUAUUUAAUCAAAAUCGAAUUAAAAAUAAAAAAGAAAUAAAAAGUACAUUAAUGUCAUAAAGCAAAA